AUGGAUCAAACACUCGACUCCAAACUCGAACUUUUCGACUUUGAUUGCAACUUGACACACAAAGAUCUUUGCCAUAAUGUCAAAGCGUUAAUCCAACAAGCAAGAGCUGUUGGGGUCAUGGAAAUGGUCAUACCUGGAGCUACAAUUGAAGAGUCACAACAAGCUAUUGAACUCUGUAGACAAUAUCCAACUCAAUUAUUUCCAACGGCUGGAGUACAUCCAUAUAAUGCUCGGAUCAUGCCAACAAAAGAGGAACUAACAAGGCUUCAAAGCUUGAUCGAACUUGACAAUGUUCGUGCAGUAGGAGAAUGUGGAUUAGACUACUCACUGAGUUUUCCAGCACCAGAGGUCCAGAAAAAAUGGUUUGCUGAACAACUGGCAAUGGCCUGUGCGUUGAAAAAGCCACUUUUCUUACACGAACGACUUGCACAUGACGAUUUUAUCCAAUUGAUUGAUGAAGCUAUUAUGAAUUUUGAUGGAUAUUUUCCACCAGCAGUUGUCCAUUGUUUUACAGGGAAUGAAGACGAACUGAAGGCGUACAUUGCACGUGGCGACAACUGGUAUAUUGGCGUCACGGGUUUUAUUUGCAAGAAACAAGGAGCGGCACUGAAACAAUUGGUUAAACAUGUGCCUCGACAUCGACUCGUUCUUGAGACAGACGCACCGUAUAUGGGAUUUCCCAAUUGUCGACGUGCUGAGUCAAGUGAAAGUAAGAAACAGUAUCCAAACGUGCCUAGUGCUAUGCCCCUGGUAGCUGAAGCUGUUGCCUUUGCUCUCGAUUGCUCACCAGAGGAAAUUGCACGGAUCACAAGAGCAAACGCACGCCGCUUUCUACGUCUAUAA